CUCUCAGAGAAAGAUAAGCCCUAUGUAGAUAUCCAGGGACUGACAGCCUCCACCAUGGAAAUCCUGCUAGACUUUGUAUACACAGAAACUGUUCAUGUGACAGUAGAAAAUGUCCAAGAAUUGCUCCCAGCAGCAUGUCUGCUUCAGCUGAAAGGUGUGAAACAAGCUUGCUGUGAGUUUCUAGAAAGCCAGCUGGAUCCAUCAAAUUGUUUGGGCAUUCGGGAUUUUGCUGAGACACACAAUUGUGUUGAUCUAAUGCAAGCUGCAGAGGUCUUCAGCCAGAAACAUUUUCCAGAGGUGGUUCAGCAUGAAGAGUUUAUCCUCUUAAAUCAAGAAGAGGUUGAAAAGCUCAUCAAGUGUGAUGAAAUUCAG